UGGCACGAGAGCGCAACUGUCGCCCAAUACGCAUUGUUCAUCAGCCAAUGGGAGCAAGCCAAAGAGAAGACUGUAGCAGUUUGUGUAUGUAUGUGUAUGUAUGCAGGUGUGUUUGUGUGUACGUUUUUGUGCACGUAAAAGGAGUGUGUUCACACGUUGUCUUUUUCUUCUAACUCUGGUUUCUACUCCCUGACCGCAUGAAAGGUGCGUCAUUUAGCAGAGCAACCAAUCAGAGGUCAGCUGUUUGAAUUUAUGCCAGGGAUUUUUGACUUGUGAGACUUAAGUUUGUUGUGGCAAAAGCCAGUAUUUUCAAUCCCUAAAAAAACUGUCCCAGUGACAAGAUGCCCUAUACGCCAUUUGGUUUUUUUUGUGACCGGUUAAUCCGUGAAAGAGAGAGAAGAGAUGGCGAAGGAUCCCUGAGCAAACCCAUUCAUUUCAGUGGCCAGGACUACAACACCCUCAAGCAGGAGUAUCUCCAGAAGAAGGUCCUUUUUGAGGAUGAAUCCUUCCCUGCCACUGUGGACUCCCUUGGCUUCAAAGAGCUGGGCCACAAGUCCAGCAAAGUCAAGAACAUUGUCUGGAAGCGUCCCAAGGAGAUAUGCGAUAACCCACAGUUCAUUGUCGGAGGUGCUAGCAGGACAGAUAUCUGCCAGGGAGACCUGGGAGAUUGCUGGAUGCUUGCAGCCAUUGCAUCCUUGACUCUGAACGACAAGCUGUUAUAUCGUAUUGUACCUCAAGAGCAGAGCUUCUCUGAAGGCUAUGCUGGAAUUUUCCAUUUCCAGUUCUGGCAUUAUGGCGACUGGGUGGAUGUCGUCGUCGAUGACCGCAUUCCCACCUUCAACAACCAGCUGGUGUUCACCAAAUCAGCUGAAAGGAAUGAAUUCUGGAGCGCUCUGCUUGAAAAAGCUUAUGCUAAGCUUCACGGUUCCUAUGAGGCUCUUAAAGGUGGAAACACUGCUGAGGCGAUGGAGGACUUCACUGGAGGAGUGACAGAAUUCUAUGAGAUGACGGAGGCCCCCAAAGAGCUGUACAAGAUCAUGAAGAAAGCUCUGCAGAGAGGCUCCCUCAUGGGCUGCUCCAUUGAUUCCCUGGUUCCAGCUCGCUUUGAAACUCGUACUACAACAGGACUUGUGAAGGGUCAUGCCUACUCUGUUACUGCUGUAGAGGAGUGUAAACAGUCCCAGCAGAAGGAGUCUAAAGUUCGACUGGUGCGUCUGCGUAACCCUUGGGGUCAGGUAGAAUGGAAUGGACCUUGGAGCGAUAAUUCAAAAGAGUGGGAAACCCUCUCUAAAGGGGAAAAAGAGAAACUUCAGCAACAGAACGCUGAAGAUGGAGAAUUCUGGAUGUCAUUUGAGGAUUUUAAGAAAAAUUACACCAAAAUUGAGAUAUGCAACCUGACCCCUGAUGCUCUGGAGGACGAUAAAUUACACAAAUGGACAGUUUCUGUUAAUGAGGGACGCUGGGUAAGAGGAUGCUCCGCUGGAGGGUGCAGGAAUUAUCCAGACACAUUCUGGACAAAUCCACAAUACCGCCUGCGUCUCUUGGAGGAAGAUGAUGACUCGGAGGAUAAUGAAGUGGCUUGCACUUUUGUUGUCGCUCUAAUGCAGAAAAACAGGCGUAGAGAACGCAAGUUGGGUGCAAAUCUCUUCACUAUUGGAUUUUCCAUCUAUGAGGUUCCAAAGGAGAUGCAUGGAAACAAGCAGCACAUGCAGAAGGAGUUCUUCAUGUCUAGCACCUCUAAGGCUCGUUCCAGGGCCUACAUUAACCUGCGCGAGGUGACCCAGCGUUUCCGCCUGAGCCGUGGGGAGUAUGUCAUCAUUCCCUCCACCUACGAGCCCCACCAGGAAGGCGAGUUCAUCCUCCGCGUCUUCUCUGAAAAGAGAAAUACGUCUGAGGAGAUAGAGAACAGGAUUGAAGCUGAUCAUCCAGUGCCGGCUCCGGCUUCGACUGGGGAAGAGAGCGAGGAGGACCAGCAGUUCCUGUCUAUUUUCCAGCAGAUCGCGGGGGACGUGAGUACUGGGGAGCCACUGAGCGCUGGGGGGAGUCAAAUGGAGAUCUCAGCUAAUGAGCUCAAAGAUGUCUUGAACAAGGUGGUGUCUAAACAAAAGGACAUACACACUGAGGGCUUCAGUCGAGAGAGCUGUAGGAGCAUGAUUGCCCUCAUGGAUAUGGAUGGAAAAGGAAGAAUUAAUCUACAAGAGUUUAGACAAUUGUGGAACAAACUCAAACAGUGGCAGGGAAUCUUUAAGCAAUAUGACUUUGAUCACACUGGCACUAUCAGCAGCUACGAGAUGAGAAACACCAUCAAUGAUGCAGGGUUCCGUCUGAAUAACCAGCUAUAUGACAUCAUCACCAUGCGCUACGCCAAUGAAAACAUGAAUGUUGACUUUGACAGUUUUGUCAGCUGCCUUGUGCGACUGGAGGGGAUGUUCAGAGCAUUCCAGGCCUUUGAUCAAGGUGGAGAUGGCAACAUCAGACUUAAUGUACUGGAGUGGCUCCAGCUAACCAUGUAUGCAUAGACCAGCUAUGGACCCAGGUGAGCCCGGACUCAACAAGGACCAGAACUACCACCUCUUACCUCAACACUCAAUGUGCCAGACUACUGUUACCUCUUUCUCUGUACCUCAGCCCACACUGAACACCAGCUCUGGAAACUACACAUCAUUACUCCUCCUCUUCAUUUCAGUUUUAUAUGGAGUGGCAAGAAGGGUGAAAUGAGUGUUUCAGACCGACGUCACAUUAUUUUAGUCCGAUUGCAUAGGAAACGUUUUUGGGGGCGUAGCAACUUUUGAGGCAUGUCGUAGUUGCUGGUUUUUUGUUGUAAUUCAUUCCUCAGAGUAGCUUUUCACAUGAACUUUCAGUUCGAGAAAAACUACUUGAAAUCUGGUCUGACCAUUCACACUGAAACACAAUCCAGAUUUGUUCCUGAUUUCACACAACAUAUGCAUUAGGUUUGUGAAACUACACAUACAAGCCUCAUAGUUUUCACUUGGAAACUCUUAUAAUCAUAUUACCACUCUUUCUGAUUCAGAUUUCUUAAAAAAUGUCUUUCCAUCUUUAUCCAGAUAUGCGCUACAUACAUCCCAGCAUCCCAUUUUUAAUUGAUAAUAGCAAAAUCCAUUAAAAAGGUCCAUCUGGGUGGUCCUUAUUGUUUCAAAUCCUGGUUGUUUGUGAGACAUUUAUGUUUGUAAGUUAACAUGAAGAACCAGGUAAGGAAAAGAAUAUCAAAAAUCACUAGAGGUGAAUCAUCAGGAAACAGCACAGAUUUCAUGACGGACGGAAACAUUCAGGGUUUUUAUUUCAUUACUGUGGGUGUAGACAUGGGUUGAACCUAGGCUUUUUUUUGUGUGUGUGUGCUUGACCCACAUUUAACCUUUCGUUCAAAUGAGUGUACUGACUUCAGCCGUUUACCAAAAUAAAUGUGUAGUUCUUGGUUGAA